AUAUUUAAUUUAUGUGUCUAGAUAUUAUAUGGAGAAACAAGAAUUGAGCAGAGAACGAGAAAACGAUCCUCAAAAUCUUUUUUGGCAAAUACAUCUUCAGACUCUAAUUCAGAUUCUGAUUCUGAUUCUGAUUCUGAUUCUGAUUCUGAUUCUAAUCAGGAGAAGGGUGUUGGAUUAAAGAAUGUCGUUAUUAAAUCUAAAAAAUCUGUUUUCUGGAUCUCAAAGAAUAAUGCAGACACAAAACAGACGAAGGUUUUGUUCUUCACUUCCCGGAAAGCAUUGCAUCGUGUUGACUUUCUGAUGAGCAGAAAGAAUUCAUUUCAGAUUUAUGCAACCCUCUCCGGGAUAGGGCUCAACCUGAUAAAGGAUGGAUGUGAGAUAGGACGAGUAUCUGCUGAAUGUAUAGAGAAUAAAUGGAUGAUUCUGGUGAACAGAGAAUGGAAAUAUUUAGGUGAGGAGAUAUCUGCUAUACUGGAGGUUUAUCAUUCAAAACACAUUCAAACCUUUACCAUUCACUCACUUUGGCAGUUUGAUCUGAAAGCAAUGAAUAUUAUUGCUCCUCUAUUUGCUCCUUUAAAAAGGAUAUCUGUUCCCUCAAGUGUGUUCUCUAUACAGAAAGCAGAUUCUGGAUUUGAAACUAAAGUUGGACUGAGAAAACUUUUAUUAGACCUGGGGAAAAUACAAUGUCAGGCGUCCAGCAUAUUUCUGUCUGCAAGGAGGUUUAAAUCAUUAAAGUAUUUCCAUCUUGAUGCUCCGGAAUGGAACUUACUGAAUGGAUCGAAGUGUUCGAAGGGAUCGGACGGAUCAAACAGAUGGGACGGGACGGAUCUCCAGUUCCUAUCAGACCUUGAAUCUACGUUCAUGAUGAGACCAUUAAAGAAUGUAAAGAUUAACACUUCUACUGUUUUCAUGGAUGGAGAUUUAGCUUCGAAUUCAAGGUUGCGCAUACCAGAGCAGAAUGUUCAUUUCUCUCAAGUGCAUUUCUGGACACUGUUCUCUUUCCUCAAGAGCAGAGUUGUACUUCAACAAACUGAAGACAAGAAAUUAUUGAAUUCUAAACAGAAGAUUGAACUGUGGAAGUCAGGAUGCCAUCUGUACAAUUCUAACCCCAACUAUGAGAUAAGGUCCCUAGAAGUACCCUUCAGUGUCGAGAUAUACCCCUGGAUCCAUGGGAUAGGAUCAGACAUCAAACUAUCCGACAUUACGUCACUUCUUCUAGAUUUGGGUUGGACUAAGGAUUCAGAGUUCUUUAGAACAGUAGUUUUCGUCUACUUUAUCAGUUUGAAUGGAACUGGAAGGAUUCGACUGCCAAAAAAUCCGCCAAAUAUGUUGGGAUUAAAGUGCUACAACAGCUUUAAAUCUGUAGGGGCCAUGCUCCUUCAUCAUAUUGAAAGUAAGGAGCCGGUGAAUAAAGUUGUGGAGCCGGGAUGCAAAACUGGGGGUUUAGGCUCCUAUAUUCAUCAUGGUGUUCUGGAAGAGAAGGGUGGAAUAGCUUUAAUUCUCUUCAUCACUAACAAGUAUAUUAUGUUGGUUCUGUUGAACAAUAUAACCGGCGUGUGGAAACUGGAUUGGAGGAUAGACACAGCAGAGCUCACUCAGAUUCCGGUCAUCUCAGAUAACCAGCUUACCUUCAUCCAGGGUGAAGGCACUGCGGCUAAAACUGUUACAUCAUCCAACCUUGAAGUUUUAAAAACUUGUAAACUUGGAGCAGAGCUGGCGCUUACACUACUUCUUCCUCUUCAUCCAAUACAAUCAGUUCAAUUUAACAAAAUAGUUAAUUAAUAUCGUUAAUCAGUGCUUGCAUUUCAUUUUCAUCAGGAUCCUGGAUCCGCCCAGAAACAAAACUGUAUCCUGAUCGAUCCAAGUACUCACUUUUUUUAGCAAAAUCUUUUAAAUUAUUUUUUUCUUCUUUUCUCGCUAAAUUGUAUGCUAAAACUUCAUGUAACAUUCAGAAAAUAACAGUUUCAAUAGUUCAGAUUUAGAAUUGAAGGGCGGAAACUUGAUUUUUCUCCAGUUUUUAAAAACUGUAGGAAACCUAAAGGUUGAUAUUUUGCUAAAUAUUGCGGACCCGGAUCCUAAGAAUGCUGAAUUUUUAUCUAAAGGGAUUGUUGAUGCAGUUACUAAUGGUCGUUCAUUUUGUUACAGGUCUAAUAUACAACGGUACCCAUGAAACAUCAGACAAACAAGAAAAUUGACAGAAUUUAUCUCAUGCUUAUGUGUUAAAUUUAAAAAGGACACUAUUGUGAGAUGGGGUUUAAUCGACAAUAUCCCUAAAAAAGAUUAUUUGUUAUUCUGUGCUUUCUAGGCUUUUCUAUUGUUAUUUUGCAAGUAAGCAACGUUAGUUGUAUGUAUUUAAAUAUUGUGAAUAGCUAAAGCUAAUGUUAUUGUUAAUAAAAAUAAAUUUGUAUCGUUA